GAAAAAACUCUUUUAGCUCGCUAGUGGCGCACGGAUGGCUUCCACUCUCCGCUUACAGGGCAAGGUAGCCAUAAUCACCGGCGGAGCCAGCGGCAUCGGCGAGGCAACAGCCCGCCUCUUCGCCUCCCAAGGCGCAAUCGUCGUAAUCGCCGACAUCCAAGACUCCCUCGGCAUCUCGGUCGCAAACUCAAUCUCCCCUCCCGGCCAAUGCACCUACCUCCACUGCGACGUACGCGAAGAACUCCAAGUCGCCGCCGCCGUCGACCAAACCAUCCAAACCCACAGCCGCCUCGACAUCAUGUUCAGCAACGCCGGCAUCCUCGGGCCGUUAACUUCCAUCCUCGACCUCAAUAUGUCCGAUCUCGACAACCUUCUCGCCAUUCACGUGCGUGGGAUGGCAGCGGCGAUCAAGCACGCGGGGCGGGCGAUGGUCGCCGCGGUUAGAGGGUCGAUUAUUUGUACGGCGAGCGUGGCAGCGGCGGUGGGUGGAUUCGCACCGGUGGCGUAUACGAUAGCGAAGCAUGGAGUGUUGGGGUUGGUGAAGGCGGCGGCAGGGGAGCUUGGGGAGAAGGGGGUGAGAGUUAACUGCGUCUCCCCGUUUGGUGUGGCGACGCCGUUGAGUUGUGGGAUCGGAAUGAUGACGGCGGAGUUGGUUGAGAAGUUGACUUGCGAGGCGGCGGUGUUGAAAGGGGCCGUGCUGAGGGCGGCGGAUAUUGCAGCGGCGGCUUUGUUUUUGGCGUCUGAUGAUUCAGCAUUUAUCAGUGGACAGAAUAUCGUUGUGGACGGAGCAGUUAGUGUGUCGAAUGCUUUGUUUUCAAAGACGGCGAAGGUGGUGAUGGGGGAAGUGAAGCCGACCAUCCAUGAUUUUUAGGGUUCCUAAUUAAAAUUCUAGUUUUGUUUCAGAAAAAUGUCAAAUUAAUGUUAGUGGUAAAGUACUAACGUAUCCCAUCCCAUUCAGAGAGGUUA